UUAAUAUUUAAAGAGCCAGAAGAUCGCUGAAUAGGUCAGAAGGACCAAAACAGUACAAGAGAUCGCACCAGCACACAACAGCGUGAACAGGGUCAGUUAAUACCGCUUAGUUAUCCAGUGCCAGUAAGUUUUUUUUCUCACAAAUAAUUGCAAGUCAGUGUUGUAAGCUGUGUUAGAAACAUCUUUUGGUGCACCGUCGAUCAGUAAACAACCAAUGUGAAGCUACAAGUACAAAAGCCUAGAGCGUGUGUAAGAACUUUUGCGGUAACGUUCUCACCAUUUGAAUUGCUGAAAGUGAUCGCGUUUCAGCUGUACAAGUACAAGUGCUGUGAAGUUUGUAAGAACGAUCCUUUAGCGCACCGGUGAUUGCUGAAUUUUUGCGGUGACGUUCUGACCAUUUCUAGGGUAUAGAGUAAUAGUUUCGCACUAUGGCACUCCCAACCAGCGAUGUAUGGCUGCAUUACGUGAAAUCUGAAGGUGGAGGUAAAUGUCGUUACUGCCAACAGGUAGUGUCGUACACUAAGGGCUCAACAUCUAACUUGAAACGGCAUCUCAGUCGUAAACAUCCUACUGUUCCGUUGCAUAGAAAUAACCCUCCAUCGACAACUGAUUCUGAAUUAGAUUCACCGUUGGAAUGUACCUCAGCAGAAAGAAACGUGAGCAGCCCGCUGGCCAAUUAUUUCCCAUCCAAUAAGGCUAUGAGCGCAGAAUCGAAGAAAAAAAUUGAUACUCUAUUGCUUUUAAUGAUAUGUAAAGAGUAUCAACCGUUUUCUGUAGUAGAAAACGAGUAUUUUGCGCGUUUUGUUAAGGCUUUAAACCCUAAAUACGUUCUACCUACAAGAAAGAGUAUUUCAAACGGUGCGUUACCAGCGCUUUAUAACGAUACGCUCAAAGUCGUGCAAACCAACUUACUCACAGCAUCAACAAUUUCUUUAACUGCUGAUUGUUGGACAAGUAUCAAUAAUGAUAGUUUUUGUGCAGUUACAGCACAUUAUAUUAACAGUAAAUACGAACUGUGUUCACAGUUAUUAGAUUGCUCUGAGUUUUGCAAAAGUCACACCGGGAAGAAUGUAGCUGAUUUGAUCACGAAUAUAACUGACUCCUUUAAUAUUACCAGCAAAUUAGUCACUUUGGUUACAGAUAACGCUAGCAAUAUGCUAUCAGCUGCAACACUUUUAAAUAUUUCUCAUCUCCCGUGUGGUGCCCAUACCUUAAAUUUAGUAGUUAAAGAUGCACUUCCUAAGAUUUCGUCUACAUUAGAGAAAGUUAAAAAUGUAGUCAUGCACUUCAAAAAAAGCUCAAAAGCUGCCAAUAAGCUUUCUGAAAUGCAAACGAGUUUAAAUCACCCUGAACUAAAACUAAAACAAGAUUGUCCCACUCGAUGGAAUUCCACGUACGACAUGUUAGAUCGUAUUAAACAAAAUAGGAUCCCACUAGCAUCGUGUAUUGCCACACUGAAAAUCAAAUCCAAGCUAGAUGAAGACGAUUGGUGCAUCAUAGAACAGGCUACCAAAAUCUUGAAGCUUUUUAACACAGUUACCGUCGAAAUUAUGGCAGAAAAAACAGUGACAAUUUCAAUAAUGGGGUUUUUAACUAGGUCCUUAUUGCAAAAAAUGAAGGAAAAAAGAGAGAAAGAAAUCUUUCAUGAAAAGGUAGCUGAACUAGUAGACGUACUAAUAGUUGGACUUGAAGACAGGUUUGAGGCAACAAAUAAUUUAGAAAUUGUGUCAUGCGGGAUUUUCCUAGACCCAAGAUUUAAAAAAGUAGGAUUUUUGGGAAACAAUGCGCAAUACCAAGACACAUACGAAAAAAUAAUUCAAAAGAUGCUUCCACAUUAUAACACUAAUAGCAUUGAUAGACUCGAGGAAAGCGAUAACGGUAGCGAUAGUGAUGAGGAUAUUUGGCAACCAUUAAAAAAAGUUCGCAAUACAGAACAUUCAAUCAGUCCUUCUAGAAUUCUUGCCGCGAUUGAACUGGAUCGCUAUUUGUCUGAACAAAAUCUACAGGUAAAAUGCGAUCCAUUUAUCUGGUGGAAGGAAAGAGAAGUAGUAUAUCCUAUAUUAUCAACGCUUGCUAAAAAAUAUCUCAGUAUUCCUGCGUCUUCUGUUCCUUGUGAACGCAUAUUUUCAAAAGCAGGUUACAUCUUAACGGAGAAAAGAAAUAGGUUGACGUCAAAAAAUUAA